AUAAUUUGCCAAUAGAUAUAUUAGAAAAUAAUUUGUUAUUAGGCAAAUUAGAAAAUAAUUUGCCAAUAGAUACAAGCACUGUUGAAUCUGGUUGUCCUUUUACAACAUUUGCUAAAGCUUGUGCAACAAUUGAAAAAUAUGCAAUGCAAACAAAUUCAGUUAUAAUCUUAGGAAAAACUACAAAAAACUUUGAUAAUAGUUAUAGACAGGCAUUGUUUGUAUAUGAAAAACAAGAAAAAUAUAGUAGCAAAAAUAAAGAAUUUAUUACUAAGUGUACUGGAUGUCUAUUUGCAAUUGGAUUAAAUUACCACAAGCAUGCUAAUGAAUAUGUUAUAAUGAAGUCAUGUUUGAAGCAUAAUCAUGAUAUUUGCUUGAAUGCCACAAAGUUUAGUACUGUUAUUCGUAAACUUGAUAAUAAUGAUCUAGGUUUGGUAGAAAAACUUUAUGACAAUGGUCUUAGAACAAAAGAUAUAUUUUCAGUAUUGAAUUCUGUUAGUUCAAAAUAUAUUCACAAACCUGAUGUUUAUAAUGCAGUAAGCCACCAACAUAAGUUGCUUCUUAAAACUUUACAUGAUAAUGAAAGUAUUAUAGAAAAUAUUGUAUUAAAAACUGCAUACAAUAGUGAGAGAGAUCAGGAUGGUGAAUUUAUUCAAGCUGUUUUUUGGGCAUAUUGUGCAUUACUUUCUGAUUGCUAUUUGCAGCAUUGA